AUGUCGACCAGAGCUCCAAAGUGGUACGAAUCGGAGGACGUUCCUGUUCCUAAGCAGACCAGAAAGUCUGCCAGACCCCAGAAGCUGAGAGCUUCGCUUGUUCCGGGCACCGUUCUGAUUCUUCUUGCUGGAAGAUUCAGAGGCAAGAGGGUCGUCUACCUGAAGAACCUGGAGGACAACACCCUUCUUGUUUCCGGCCCAUUCAAGGUGAACGGCGUUCCUUUGAGAAGAGUCAACGCCAGAUACGUCAUUGCCACCUCCACCAAGGUGUCCCUUGACGGCCUUGACCUGUCCAAGUUCAACGUGAGCUACUUUGCUAGAGAAAAGUCGAGCUCCAAGAAGUCUGAGGGCGAGUUUUUCGGCGAGGGUGCCAAGAAGGAGAUCAAGACUGAGAGAAUCGAGGACCAGAAGGUUGUUGACAAGGCCCUGAUCUCCGAAAUUAAAAAGACCCCAUACCUGAAACAAUAUCUGGCUUCCACCUUUUCUCUGAAGAGCGGUGACAAGCCUCACGCCAUGAAGUUUUAG